AUGGGAACAUCCAAUGAAUCUCAUCCUAACGGGCGUCGUGAUGAAUCGUCCGACAUGCCAAAUGGAGGGGUUGAUAACAGAAAUGAGGUGCAGAAGCAAAAUAAGGAAGCCAAUGCCAAAGCUCAGUCAAAGUCUGCCCCAGAUGGAUCUACUCAAGGAUUUAAGAAAACUGCAGAAGAUUUCAAAACACACAACGAAAAAAAGGAAGCAAAUACUAAGGUAUCCAUCAGGGGUGCAAGCACAUUCUCGUGGAGAAAUGUAGGUUCUUGGAACGCUGGUGGUAACUCAGAUAAGAAAAAAUCCCUUGAAAUUGUUCACAGAGUAGAAACUUAUAUUAUUGACCACUUGUACGGUGAUUGGUACUGGAAUACUGCAAUUAUGCUUGGAACCUGUUACUUUUGUUGGUUGAUAGGUAGAAUUGGUGGAGGUAUCCUAUCUUUGGGAUUUGUGUUACUCUUCACACAAUCUGUCUACAGACAAGAAAUUAGGAGGUUUAAUCGAAACAUUAGAGAUGAUUUGACGAGAUCUGAGGGUAUUAAUAGAUUGGACAACGAAUUGGAAACAAUGGAAUGGUUGAACUCAUUCUUAGACAAGUUUUGGGUUAUCUAUAUGCCUGCAUUAUCCGAAACUGUUUUAUAUCAGACCAAUGAAAUCUUGAAGGACUUGGCCCCUGGGUACGGGAUUGAAAAAUUGAAAUUGAACGAAUUUACCUUGGGUUCUAAGGCCCCAAGAGUUGAUAGCAUUAAGUCGUACACAAGAAAGGGACAUGACCACAUUGAAAUGGACUGGGCCUUCCUGUUUGCACCUAAUGACACUGACGACAUGACUAAGAAUGAGAUUAAAAAGAAGAUCAAUCCAAAGGUUGCACUUGGUGUUACAAUUGGUAAAGCAUUCAUUCUGAAGGAAUUCCCAAUUUUGGUUGAAGAUCAAACGUUUAAAGGACGUAUGAACAUUAAAUUAAAGUUGAAUCAGAAUUUCCCACAUGUAAAAACUGUCGAAGUUCAAUUUUUGGAACCACCAACCAUUGAUUAUUCCUUGAAACCUGUCGGUGGUGACACCUUGGGAAUAGAUGUUAUGAGUUUUAUUCCAGGGUUAUCGAACAUUGUUAUGACAUUAAUCCAUGGUACCUUGAGACCAAUGUUUUACGCACCAAACUCAUUCGUCGUUGAUGUAGAAGAAUUAAUGGCUAGCUUCAACAAUGACUCCAUUGGAUGUGCUGUGGUUACCGUGAAGAGAGCUGAAAACUUGAAACUCGCAACUAGUGGAAAGAAAACUAAAGCAAACAGUUUUAAUCCUUAUGUGCAAUUGAAAGUCGAAAAUAAUCCAGAUAUUGAGGAAAGAACCAAAACCAAGAAGAGUAUUAACGAUCCUAUCUUCAUGGAAACUAAGUUCAUUUUAAUAAAUGCAUUGGAAGGAAAUCAUUUAAAUUUCAACGUUUUCGAUUUAAUCCCUGACAAGCCUGAUGACCAAUUGAUUGGAACUGUUCAAUUUCCAUUGGCUGAUCUUUUACAAGAAGAUGAACAUAUGGGAGUAGUUAAGAACAUUAUGGAGUCUGGUAAAGUGGUCGGUAAAUUGGAGUUCAAUUUGAAGUGGUUCCCUACAUUAGCACCAAAGGUUCUAGAGGAUGGUACCAAGGAAGCAAUUACAGAUUCUGAAGUUGGUAUUUUAAAAUUAAAUUUGCAUGAAGCUAGAGAUUUAGAUCUUAGUGAUACUGCAGUUGGAUUAUUGAACCCAUACGCCGAAAUUUACAUUAACAAUGAAUUACUUAAGUCAUGUCGUCAAUUGAUUGCGACUAACGAACCCUCUUGGGAACAGACAUUAGAGGCAUUGAUCACCGAGCAAUCUCAUACAACAGUUCAAGUAUUAGUAAAGGACUCUGCUAAUGAUACCAUUGUAGGUGCCUUAAAUUCUAACUUACAGGAUUUAAUUUUCGAGACAUCUAGAGGCCAGCAAUGGAUGAAAAUGCCUAGUACCGAUAAAGUAUCUGGUCAUGGAAUUCAAUCUAACUUCAGAAUUACAGCACAAUGGAAAGCCUUGGGUAUGCACGAUGACAAGAUUGGAACUUUUAGAGAUGCAUCAAUCGGUGGAUUGCGUGUUCAUUUGAGGAGCGCAUCCGAUGUUAUUAAUUUAGAAUCUGUUGGCAAGGUUGAUCCAUAUAUUAGAUGUAUUAUGAAUGGUAACUUAAGAGCUAGAACAGCAACUCUUGCCAAUACAUUAGAUCCACAUUUCAACGCAGUUUAUUUCUUCCCAGUCGCCAAUGAGCAUCAGCAUAUCUUGCUUCAAUUAAUGGAUGCAGAAGAUGAUGGAAAGGAUAGGCCUUUAGGUUCAUGUGCUAUCAAUGUAUAUGACUUCUUGAAAAAGUCUUCAGAUGGUCAUUACUUGGCAUAUGACGGAAGUAAUGAAGUUCUUGAGCAGCCAAUUUUAUACAACGGUGACAAGCAUGGCUAUUUAUCGUACAGUGUUAGUUUUAUUCCUACUUUACCUGUCUAUUCUAUGGACCAAAGAAAAAAUAAGGAUAAAUAUUUGAAAUCAAUUGAAGAGAAGAAAGCCGAUGAAGCUAAAAAGUUAGCUGAAGAUGAAAAGACAUAUAAAGAACAUCCAAAUGAAUAUGAAUGGGUGGCUAUCGGUGAUGAAGACAUCAUAGAUGAUGCACCUAAAUUAGAUGUUCCAUUAGAAAAGGCUAUAAAGUAUAGAAGUGGUAACAUUGUAUGCCACUUAUUAGGUGGUACAUUUGAUAAGCCAGAUGUUUACGUCCACACACUUUUCGACGAUCAUGCCUACCCUGCUGGUGUUUCUGAUAAGUCGUCAGGUAGAAACUUAAAGAAUCCAAGUUUAGCAGAAUGCUUUAUUAGAGAUUUACCAAAUUCUAAAGUUAUUUUCAGGUUAGGAAAUAAGGUAGAGAUAAAUCUGGAAAAGGAGGUAUUAGUUGAGAAGACAUUUGAUACUAUAAACCUUUUAGAGAGAAGUUAUGCCAAACCAAUUACCUUGAACUUGAAUACAAAAAAUACAGUCAAGGUACAAUUUGAGUACAUUCCAUCUCCAGUUAAAUUGGCACCAUUGGAUACUAUUUUAGAUGUUGGUUAUAUUAAAAUCGACUUAUUGGGAGCUGAUAAUUUACCAUCAGUUGAUUCUAAUGGAAAAUCUGACCCAUUAUGUGUUGUGAAAUUAGAUGGUGUUGAAGUAUUUAAGACUAAUAAGAAGAGAAGAACCCUCGAUCCAGUUUGGAAUGAAGCAGUAGAAAUUCCAGUCCAAUCAAGGUCAAGGCAAGUUAUCAUGUUGGAAGUUUAUGAUUGGGAUUUAACCCACGAUGAUGAAUUAUUGGGUAGAGCUGUAUUGGACUUGUCCACUAUCGACCCCAACGAAUCUACUCCAUUCAAGGCUGAUUUGGAUAAGCAAGGAAGAGUUAACUUAAGAGUUACUUUCAAGCCAGACUAUAUUAGACCUAAAUUGAGUACUACUACAGGAUUGCAGAUUGAUUUGAAUAAGGUUGGUGAUGUACCAUUACAGGCCGUUGGAGGGGCAGCAAAUAUUGCUGGUAAUGUUGCUGGAGGAGGGAUUGGACUUGCAUCUGACACAAUUACCAAGGGAGGAUCCUUUAUCAAAGGGCUUGGAAGGGGUUCUAAGAAGAGUAAGGAUAAGAAGUCUGAUAAGUCUGACAAGUCUGAAAAAUCUGCGGAUACCACUGCUAAUGGAGGUGAUGCUGAUACCUCAUUCUCUGACGUUAAUUCUUCCCAAACCGAACAAAAUGAAAGUAACAGUGACGAUAGUCCAAAGAAGUCAGCCAACCAGUAUGCUAAUGAGUUACAAUCGUUAAGAUCAGGACAAACACAACCAUCUGUACAUGGAGCUGCUCCAAAUAUCUUACCAGAACUCUUGCCACCUCCACAAAGGCCAAAUGUUGGUGGCGUUGGACACACUCGUAACUCUUCUAGUUUCACUGAUAAUAGCAGUUUUAUUGGUAAUGAGGGAACUUCUUCCAUUCCAGGUAGAGUUAACAUUAUUGGUGGUAAGGGACUUCCAAGUGGAAACAUUGAGGUCAAAGUGUCGUUACAAAAUAGUGAGAAGGAAAAGGACAUUUUCAAGACGAGAGCAGGUAAGAAUGACAAGAAUGGAGUCAUUAAUUGGAACGAAUCUAUUCCAUUCAAAUCCACUUCUGAUGCUACUUUGGUAUUCCACGUAAGAGAAAAGCAUUCAUUUGGUAAGAAUAAGGAGCUUGGUGCUGCCACAUUACCGUUAUCUGAAGUGUUGAACCAUAGCGAAGAUAAGCAUCUUGCCGUUGGCAGCGGAAGCAUCACAGUGAAUGUGAGGUACAUUUCAGGUUAA